GUUAACUUGAGACAUUUUGGUUUUUAUUUUUAAAUACGAAUUAAGUUAAUUUAUAAGGUAUAAACAUUUUAACGAAAGAUAACUCAAAUACAAAUUGCCUAAAUAUGAUAGAACUGGAAUUUCUAGAGACAUAAAAAACUAAACUUUUUUGGCAGUAACUGGAUUAAAAAGCUCUAUUGAAUCUUUCAUCAUGAGUAAAAACAAUUAUACGUGGACCAGUGAACAAAUGAUAGACAGUGCAAGCUCAUGGUCUCUUGCAGGAGAUGUUGCUUUACUGAAUCGACUAAAAAACCUCUCUGAGUACCUAAUAAAAGAAACUGUCACAACCAGCACCAACGUGGAUAAACUACUCAGAGACUUGGAUGUGGUUCACUUCAAGCUAGAUUUAACAAGAAAUGAGUUUCACUCUUUAAGAAAUACCCAAUUCAUCGAAAAUAGAGUGUAUGAAGACGAUGAAACUCUAGAAUCUGAAGAUAUUAGGAUAGAAAAUACUGAAUCUAGUGAAGAGAAAGAUAACAUAAUAAAAAAUUCGAUUUUGAAAGGGCUAAACACGAUUAAUAAUUGUUUUGAUAGAGUUGAAGUCGCUGUAAGUGAUAGUGAGGAUGAUGAAACGGGAACCAGUUAUAUUCUACAGCCUAAAGAUAUAUAUGUAGAUAGACCUUUACCAUACUUAAUAGGUUCAGAAGAAUGGUACAAAAAGUGGCAUGUUGGACUGGUACCAUCGGAAAGUGAAUCUGAGUCCGAUACUAAGCCUGACAGUUAUAGUCCCAGUUUGUCUGAUGAUGAAGAGAUAUCCAAAGAUAAAGGUUCAGAAACAAGUUCCGAGCUGAGAUUUAGUGAUAAUGGAAAUAAUGCACCUGUUGCUCAUUCAACAUUUAAUGAUACACAAAAUUUGACUUAUUCUUCAGAAGAAGGGUCUUUGUCUUCAAAGUUGGAGUCUUCUAAUGAAAAAUUUGCCAGACAAUUGGCUGCAAGAUUGGACAACAUUAGUACUAACAAUAGUACUAUCGAUAACGGGAAUAUUAACAAUGUUAGAUCCAUACAACAGCCAACAAUUUAUGGAAACCUAUUCUCUGAAGAACCGCCUCCUUUAAGCGACGAUGAGCAGUUUAAAAAUAAUAUCGCAGAUAAAUCUAGCCAAAAAGAGAAUCUUUGGCCAAAAAAACCUGACAAUCAAUUACCGAAAAAUCAGAAUAUAUCGAAUAUAUACAGGGAAAAUACAAAGACUAAAGGAAAUCUGUUUGAUGAAAGUUCGAGUAGCGAAGAAGAUAUAUCGGCUGUAGUGAAUAAAAGGACAACAGCAUCAAAAACGUCAUAUCUGUCAUCGCAAAAGGUCACCGUACCUCUGGUGGACGACGAACCGCCUGAAUUGUCCUCCCACAGUGUAGAGGACACCUCCAAAAAGAAGAAACCUGUAGGUGGAAUAUCGAUAUUCGGUAAUCAGGACUUGAAUCUCCCUAAAGCGUUAAAAAAAUCCGUUUUGUUUGAUGAACUAUCUAAAGAAAAUGAUGUAACAGAUAACAAAGAUAUAAAAACACAAAAAAAUACUCAAAAAAAGUUAAAUUUGUUUGAAAAUGAUAACGAAAAUGACGAGGAAGAUGAUAUUUUAUCAAAAAGGAGUCAAGAAAGUAACAAAAACCUGAGUUUAUUUGGUGAAAACGAUAAAAAAAUGGCCGAUGUUGAAACAACUAAAAGAAAAACUUACAAGAAACUCAGUCUUUUCGAUGACGAUGAUGAAGAUGAUAAUGAAGAUGAGAUUUUCAGCACUAUUUCAGCUAAAAAAGAGCCACAAAGUUCUGAGUCUGCACCAAUUAAGACAGAAUUACAAAAGACCAGAAAAAAUAUCAGUUUAUUUGACGACUCUGACGAUUCUGAUACGUUAUUUGCUGGAGGCUCGGAAAAAUUACCGGAAAAUACCGAGAAAAAUGUAUUGAACGCAUCAAGUGAACCUAGAUUUUUCGAAAAAAUCGAGAAAGAAAACUCUCAGGAAGAAAAUACAAAUCAAGGUGGCACAGAAAGCAAUGAACCGCUAAAAUCUCGAAAGAAUAUCAAUUUGUUUGACAGCGACGAUUCGAAUUCAUCUGACGAUGAAAAUAUUUUUGAUCUGAAACGCCCUGUUAAAAAAAAUCCAGAAAAAAUUGGCGAAAGUACCAAAAAAGACGCGUUAGAAUGUUUUGAAGAACCGCCACAAGAUAAAGUUGAUUUUAACACUGAUAUUAUGGGCGAAGGCAAUGAUAUAGUACGUCCAACAAUGAGUGAAAACGAUACUUAUUCGGAAGGGAAAUCGUCCAAUGGAAAUGGAGAGAUCGCAAGAACGGAUGAAGGCAAAACUGGCGGCAAUUUUAUACACGACCCUCCUUCUAUCAGUUUGUUCGAUUCGAGUCCCCCACCCGUCAAUUGGGGGGACAAUAGAUCGGACAACAGCGCGGAAAACAGCGACGACGCGGACACGUACUCGAUCAACGACGCCAUAUUGGAUCGUAUUACGUCCGGCAGCCAAUCGGAGCGGAGAUCUCAGAGUCUGUUCGAUAAUGAACCGCCCAGCCUUGACAUUGAUGUAAAUUACUCCAGCGGCAUCGUGGUCAAGGAUUGCGAAGAUGUGACCAGGGUCGAAGGAGACGAUUCUUCGUUCUAUCCCUAUGCUUCUUCUUCGAGAAGAUUUUCCAGUGAUCUAUUUAGAGAGCAACAAGGCCAAGAUAGUUUCCAAAUCACUAAAAAUAUAACUGCGGAAAAUUCGAUGAAAAUUCAACCGAUUUUGGAGAAUAAUGCUGAAAAGCACGACAAUAGUACCAAAAUAGAUUGUUUCACGCCGAGCGGUACUUUAGGGGACUUUGAAGACGACGAAGACUCGAUAUUUUUUGAAAAAAGUAACAGGGAUGAAAGUAAAGGUACUCCAGGCAAGCUAAAGCACAAUUUAAAUAUAAACGUUGCAGCUUUAUUACCUAACGCUUCACGUCCCAAAGUAAAUUUUGCGACACCCCGUAAAAUAGAUACAUUGGAAAAUGAAUCACACGAAAAUAAAGAAGAUUUAGAUGUGGUCGAUAACACUGGCGUUUUAGUGAGCGUGACAAAGAAUCGAGCAAAAAUCCCGGUGAAAAGGAGACCGUCCACGAGACGGGCCAGACACGAAGCUGUCAGAAAAUCUAUGAUAGAAACAGAAAACUACUUUACCGACAAUUCGUCACCAGUUACAGUCGAUACCAGAGACGAUUCUGUCAUUGAUAAUAAAUUAAAAGAAAAAUCGUUGUUAGACGAUGAAAAAAACAAAGAUUUUCCUACUAAAGGAUCGGAGAGCUCUAACCUACAAGAAGGAUCGGAUAUAAGACAUUUGUUACAACAAGAAACAACACCAGAAUAUAUAAAACCCCCUGUAUUUAAUCCAGAUAAUUCUUCUUCGAGUGAUGAAGAUUUCUUUAACAAAGCGAUGACCAGGAGUAAAACGCAAAGUUUUCCAGAUAAAAAUGAACCGUCAGCUAUCAAAAUAGCAAAGCAGGCCUCAGACAGUGAAAAAACAAAAGAUUUUCCUACUAAAGAUCACAUAAUAGGACGGCAACCUAACCUACAAGAAGGCUCAGAUAUAAGACAGACAGGUGACGUUACAAUUGACACACAUCAUUCAUUACAACAAGAAAAAACACCAGAAUAUAUAAAACCCCCUGUAUUUAAUCCAGAUAAUUCUUCAUCGAGCGAUGAAGAUUUCUUCACCAAAGCGAUGACCAGGAGUAAAACGCAAAGUUUUCCAGAUAAAAAUGAACCGUCAGCUGUCAAAAUAGCAAAGCAGGCCUCAGACAGUGAAAAAACAAAAGAUUUUCCUACUAAAGAUCACAUAAUAGGACGGCAACCUAACCUACAAAAAGGCUCAGAUAUAAGACAGGCAGGCGACGUUACAAUUGACACACAUCGUUCAUUACAACAAGAAAAAACACCAGAAUAUAUAAAACCCGCUGUAUUUAAUCCAGAUAAUUCUUCUUCGAGCGAUGAAGAUUUCUUUACCAAAGCGAUGACCAGGAGUAAUACGCAAAGUUUUCCAGAUAAAAAUGAGCCGUCAGCUAUCAAAAUAGCAAAGCAGGCCUCAGACUAUGGAAAAACAAAAUAUUUUCCUACUGAAGACGACGUAGUAGGACGGCAACCUAACCUGCAACAAGGCUCAGAUAUAAGACAGGCAAGUGACGUUACAAUUGACACACGUCAUUCGUUACAACAAGAUAUACAGCCAGAAUCUAUAAAACCCCCAGUAUUUAGUGAAACUAUUUCUUCUUCAUCUUCGAGCAACGAUGAAGAUUUCUUUACCAACGUACUUGCCAAUAAGAAUACUACGAAAAGUUUGGCAGGUAAGAGCGAGCCGUCAUCUGUCAUAAAAACAGCAAAGCAGGCUAGUAGUUUGUUUUCCGACCAAUCGGGGUCCGAUUACAGUGACAGCGAAUUGUUUGGACCGAAAACAAAGGCGUCUACUGCCAAAAAUCAGAUCGACAAGAAGGCUAAGGAAACAACGAAAAAAAACAGUAUAUUUGACGAUUCAGAUGACAAUGACAGUAGUGACGGCUCCCUGUUUGGAGGAACCAAAUCGUCUCGCGAAACUGCGAAGUUUGACGAAAAAAAAGCUGCAAAGUUAAAUCCAAGAGCGAAAAUUGGUAAACCGAGCAACAUAAGGAAAUUGGAAAACAAAGAAGUGACAGACUUUGAUCCGCUGUCAGAUUUACAUUAAGUUUCAUUUAUUAUAUAGUCUGUCCGGCGAGAGAGGGACAUUUUUGACAGUGUCAUUUUAAUUCACGGUUAAACUGUGUAUUUUCCGUCAUUUUUUUGGAGAAAUGUUCCCUUACUCAUUGGACAGACUAUACUUAUUACAUUUUAAGGAUAUUUUGUAUUCUUAUUAUUAAUAUAUUAAUUGUUUAUAUAAGUAAAAAAAUAUAUUUUGAAACAGACGGCAGAAAAAUAGAAUAAGUGUAUAUAUUAUUAAAGAAAAUAUAUUAUCAUAAACAUUAUUAUACAGAUUAUUACAAGAACGGGUAAAAUUUAAAUAUAUUAUAUAUUAACAUAUUUUGGCCUCAUUUUAUUGUAAUAUUUUGUAAUGUCAACUUUACUCUUUUCUAAAUAUAUACAGUGUGUCCCCGGAGGAAAAACUUCAAAAAAUCGUGGGCAUACUGUAUAACGUUGUUCCUAUAGGAGUUAUAUAAAACAUUUAUAUAUUUUUUAGUGAUAUAAUAUAACAUUAAAUAUCUUAUAGUAACCUAUACAAAAAAAAAAUAUUUGCACGUUUUAAGACUAGGUAGUCUAGUCCAAUGAACUAGACUGUGUGUGCAAAAAUAAUAUUAUAGUAAAUAAAAAAAUUCCAAUACUUUAUAUACAUAAAAUUGGUUUUUUUGUGAUAUUUUUUUGUUAAAUUAACAGAGGGAUGAUAUAUUUGUACAUUUUUACAAAAUUAUUGCAUAAAGUUUAAUUUAAAUUUUCAAUAAAUUUUUCAAAGAUAUACUCUGUUUUUUAUUUAGUAUAAACUUUGGAAAAUUCGUCAUUGCACAUUCAUACAUCGAAAUACUACGGUAUAAUCGAAAAAAAACGACGGCCAGUUGGCGUGGAAACGACGAUACAAAAUUACAGCGAUUGCGCUGAUUUCCAAGCCCACUCUGACGCCGUUUUUUACGAUCAUACUGUAUAUGUAACUGAAUAAAAGCAUAUGAACAUGUCUUGAUGUAUUUUGCCCGGGAAAAUAAAUAAUUUUUAAAUUAAAUUAAAAUUAAAUUUAAUUCUAUCUACACCAAUAUGUUUUUCAUAAUAAUAAUCAUGAAACGGAUAUUAGUAAAAAUAAAAACAGUUAGAAACGAUAAAAUAAACGUAAAUAUUAACGGCGAUACAGUUUCCAAGAAUUCCCUCUUACUCUGCUUAAACUAUACCUUUCCUAAAUUUUUGAAAUAUUUUAAACACUAAUAUUUAUUUUUAACAUAAUCAUCUCAUUAAUAAUCUCUCUAAAAAUAAUUAAAUACUGAUUUUUCCGAAUAUAUACAGGGGGCGUUAAAAAAACGGUUAACUUUUCUCGACUCGACGUUUUUUCUUUUGAAACACCCUGUAGUAUAAAACGUAUUAUAUGGGUGUAUGCGUGCUUAUAUAAAAAUAUGUUCUCCGUGUUGUACAAGUUUAAUUAUAUACAGGGUGUUCUCUAAUGACAUACUAAUAUUUCUAAGAAAUAAACUUCAUAAGAUUAUAAGCCUUAAAAAUCUUAACUGUUUUGAGAUACUACACAGGGUGGUAAAAUUUUU